AAAAGUGUAGAUUAAAUGGGAAAAAGGGUUCAACAACAGCAAACUGGCAGAUCAAUGAUCUUGGCAGCAGUGGCUGGCGUGGUACUGGCUGCACCGCUGCUGGGAAUGAUGGGGCUCAGCUUCUUGGCAGCAUCUACACUGCUAUUUAUAAGCUUACCUCUGCUGAUACUUUUCAGCCCUCUGCUACUCUUUGUUGGGUUGGUUUUCAUGGUUGCCUUGGUCGGUUUUGCCAUCGCCGCUACCGCAGCUUUGGCCGGUGUCUCGACUCUAGCCUGGAUGUAUAGAGAAAUCAGAGGUAAUUUAGGAUUUGAUUCCAGGGGGAGUGAAUUGGUUCCUGUGAAGUAUUUGCAGCAAAACUGGCAAGAGAUAUGAACCAUCUGAAACACUGUUCAAUUAAUGAAAACAAAGAUCAUGGUCUGAUGUGUUUGUUUUGAGGUUCUUUGUCUGUUUGAAAAUGGAAAAAAGUCGGUAUUAUGUUGUAACGUAAACAAACCUUGUAAUUUCCUU